UAGCCAUGAUCUGGUUUCCCUUGGCUAAACUAGCUGGCUAGCAGAAUUACGCUAGUUUUCGUCCUCAUUGCCAAACUUCAUAAAUACUGUACCCUCAACUUCAAAACUCCUUUGCUAUUUUAGAAAGAAACUUAAAAAUUGAUUUAUUUUGUUGAAUAGUUGUGACUGUUAUGAGAUGCAGUAUCUGUCAUAAGACGACUGUGGUGAAAGAUAUUAUUGCUACUUAACGCAGAUCCAAGUUCAGUUUUGAGAUACACCGGCGUCAUUGGUGUAGGGUUAGCUGGACGAUUCUGACUGGUCUUGGAACUGUGACAUCAGGCAGCCUCUCCCCGCCUGGCUCGAUGGGAUAUGUAGUGAUUUUGCCAACACAGCCAGAUAUGUAGCCCAGUCUUGUACCCUUAACUAUCGUAUUGUACCAAUGUUUGUCCUCUGUAGUUGCGUGACUUUCUGAAAUCUAUACUUUUUCAAUAAACGUUAAUCAAAUACAACCACCGACUGUUUGCUUGUUGAUGUUGCUCUAAGAUGGCAAUUAAGCGUAAAUUUGCAUGUGCCAAUUGAAUCUCAACAAGGAAACCAAAGUAUUGACCUUGGGCGAAUCAAUGUAUGCCGAGUUAGAUUCCAAAGCCUGGUCUCUGCUCCACUUCGUUGGUGAAGUUCAUCAGAAACUUCCUUCACCAUGGAGUGGAAUUUAGUCCGCUACAUCAGCAGCAGACGUUCCUUUCUGAAUGUCAAAUGGAAGAAAAAAAAAGGCUACAUUAGCUAGCCACAGAUUAUAUAAACAAGGACCUUGAUUACAUUGCAGUCACUGGGGCAUCUAUCUUAUCAGUCAGUAUCACUGGUUGAACGUACAAGCCAAGUGCAGUGAUGGACUUUAGCUAGUCAGUUAAGUUUAAUCACCCCUCUGAAGAUCCAUUCAACUGGAAGAGUUGGACUAAAUGCUCUGCGCCUCACAUGUUAGAGGCUUCAAAACGUGCCAAUGCAUGCUAUGUUGAAUGUAAUGUGUAGGCUAGCUGCAGCUUUCAAAACAAGCUGAAACCUGACAAACAUGGUUUACUCCUUUUAUUGAAAGAACUGACAGCUGUUGACAGUGAUGCCAAUAUUCCCUGUACAUCUUUGAAAAUCUGGAAGUUUCCUUUGGGAAAUAUCAAACAGAGUGAAAAAUGACUGGGAGAAGCCCGCACUAUGGUUUCCAGUCGGCCACGACGGUGCAGCCUGCCAAUGGAGGACACGCCUACCUAUUUGGGAACAGCUCUGAGAACGAUCUCUCGGAGGAGGAUGGUGAGAGCUAUGAGCUGCGCUCCCGAGGCCGGGACAGACUGCGCAGGAGCACCUCCAGGGAGAAGUUGGACGACAUUGUCCACCUGGUCCGAGACAUCAAAGAAGGGGACACUCUGAAUAGCUUCUCGCUGCAGUACCACUGCUCAGUGGCGGACAUCAAGAGGGCCAACAACCUGUUGACAGAGCAGGACUUCUUUGCGCUGAGAUCCAUCAAGAUCCCUGUGAAACGCUUCAGCGUGCUGACAGAGACCCACAGCAUUGCGCCUCUCAAAUCUGCCUCCCCCACAGGCCUCCGUUUCCCCCAGCCCCCUAUCUCCACGGAGAUCUCCACAGACUCCUCCUCAUCCACAGACAGUGUGGGCAGCUUCCUGCAGGAGAAGGACAAGGACAUCGAGCUGCUAGUCAAGUCCACCGGCACCUCCAGAAGCAGCCUGAACGAGGUGGUCUCCUCCCUGACCCUCCAGCAGCCCUUACUACUGGGGGAGCCUGACUUCAAGCCUGUCUUCAGGAAGGACCCCUACCAUGGGGCGGACUGGGGCAUGAGGUGGUGGACGGCGGUGGCCAUCAUGGUGGUGGUUGUCAUCGUCACACCAGUGUUCUACCUGCUGUAUUAUGAGGUGCUGAUGAAGGCGGACGUUAGCCACCACACCACCACGCCGUCGACCAAUCCUAAGGGUAUGCAGCAUGCCCAGAUUCCUGAGCCUGUGGAAAUCAAUGGAAAGCCCAACUCAGGACCUCAGGCUGGAAACAUACCUAAACCAAACUCACAGAGACACAAUGAGGUGGAUGACCACCCAGGCCCUAAGAAAGAGAAAACGUAGUGAGGGAUUUAGACAAACUGAAGGAGCUGGAGGUAUCUGAGCAGUUAUGAAAAAAGUGAUUAUCCAAUCUCUCUGAGAAUCACUUUAUGGGGAACAGAAUCCAUAGGGAAAUUAUGGUGACGGGAAAAGGAGGACAAUCUGUUGAAUUCUUUCAGUGGACAUGCAGUAUGUACAUUUUUAAAACAUGUUUUUAAAACAAGUUUUUUUUGCACAGUGGGACCCAACUGCUUAUUCUGUCCCUCUUGUCAGCUGAUGGGACUAGUUCCACCAUAACACUGUCUGAAGUGGGGUUUGUUCUUGGUCAAAACAGUACUGAUUGUUACCACUUGUCACUUAAAAUAAGUAAUUUGUCUGUGGAAUAUUAGUCUUAUUCCAAUAUCAGUAUUGAAGUUAGUCUAAAAUGUGAUGCAAAUUUUCUUGAACCUUGUUUGUAUAUUUUGCUUGUCUGGGAAGAACUGCGUUUGGAGUCCCACAACCUUAGUAGAAAUUAAGGGCAAGGGUGACGAAAUGCACAAUGUUGCCCAACACUAGCUAGGUAUAUUCCAGUGAAAUGUUAUAUUUAUAAACUGGUUGCCAAUGUAAUUAAAGCAGUAAAAAUACAUGUUUAGUCAUACCCGUGGUAUACGGUCUGAUAUACUACGGCUUUCAGCCAAUCAGCAUUCAGGGCUCAAACCUCCCAGUUAAUAAUGUAGUUUAUUUUCCUCAUCACUAGUGUUAUGAACAGUAUGUGCCUUCAACCUGUGGAACACUAAGGCUGCAUAGACACAGGCAGCCCAAUUAUUUUUUUUACCACUAAUUGGUCCAAUUUGUGGGGGAAAACUCCAGACUUGGGCUGCUCGUGUAAAUGCAGCCUUACAGG